CAAAAACUACUCUCACUACAGCAAUGCUUUAUCGGAAAUGUUGGCUUCAAAUUCGAGCCAUCAAUGGCGGCUGCGGCUCCUUCUCCCUCAAAUCAAUCCUCAAUUUCUCCACCGCCACCAAUAAGGCGUCAACCCAGAAUGCUGAUAUGGUGAAUUACCUAAUUGACUCGCUCGGAUUCUCCAGAGAUGCAGCCAUAGCCACUUCGAGUAAGACCCUGGUUUAUUGUGCCGCAACGUGGAUAAAACCCUAGUCCCCAAAUUGAAUUUCAUUAGAGAACUUGGACUGUCCGGGUCGGUCCUAGGCAAACUUAUCGAAAAUUGCUCUGGUCGUCGUUUGGAUACGAUUAUCAAACCCCGAGUUCUGUACUUAAGACAGUUGUUGGGUACUGAUGAUAAUGUGGUUGCAGUGUUAAAGAAUAUCCUUGGUUGAUUGGUUAUUUGGACACUGAAACGGUGGACAGCAACGUUAAGCUGUUGAGAAACUAUGACAUGACCCAUGAUAAUAUUUUGAAAUGGAUCGCUAGAACCGCGGAGGUUUUUCACCAUAAAGCCUGAGCUCAUGAAGGAUAUUUUAGAUAGGGUAGAAAAUGUGUGGGCAUUCCCCGUGAUUCAGCUAUGUUCCGACAUGGCGUAUGUUCCGACAUGGCGUUGACUCAGUGGCGGAGCUGUGGGACGGAAGGGUGCGGUCGUAUCUGCUCAAUUUUUUGUAAUUAAUAGUGAUGUCUUAAAUUUUUAAUAUAAACUUAUAUAUUUUAUAAUUUUUGUACCCUUACAUUAAUUUCCUAGCUCAUUAGUAAGUUUUUUCGAAUUUCGCACCCCUAUCUGGAUUUCCUGGCUCCGCCAGUGGUGUUGAGGUCCUAUCUUCAAUUGAUAGGUCAAUGGUCGAUGAGAAAAUCGGAGUGUUUUGAAGUUUCGGCUGGCCGGAAUCGGUGACACUGAAAAUGCUAAGAACACAACCUCGUAUUUUUACCAGGUCUACUUCUGGAAUACGAAAAGUUGUUGAUUUUUUCAUGAAUGAACUUGGAUAUAGUCCGGACGUCUUGGCUUCCAAGCCGGCUUUUCUUACAUAUAGUUUUGAGAAGAGAGUGAAGCCACGGACUGAACUUUUGAAAUUUCUUAAUGAGAAUAAUUUGAACCAGAGGAAAGCAGUUCUGUAUUCUGUUUUGUCCAUGACUGAACCGGAGUUUUUGAAGUUUUAUAUUCUUCCUUACAAAGAUAGUUUCCCUGACAUGUGCGACACUUAUCUCAGUAAAGCUGAAAUAUCAAAGAUCGAACAAUAAUGGUGUUUUUCCGGUAAAGUCCUCUUCAGUUUCGUGUUUCAUAUUUUGUUAUUCUUGCUUCAUUAUUAAUUUCAUUGAUUAUUCAGUAUGUUUCACUGGUGCUGCCACUUCAAAAUGAAUUGUGAUAAUCUGCCCGGUGGUUUGUUGUCUUAUUCCUAGCUUAAGGCUGUGGAACGCCCAAAUUUUCACCUAACAAAAUUCAUUUGUUUUCAAACCGUUCAUGAAUAAAUCUCUUUCUUGGUUUUUGUUUAUUACUGGAUUGGUAUCUUUCUUUUUUUGUUCCGUGUUAUUUAUUGUUGUUCGUUCUCACUGAUAAUUAAUUGUUCUUGUAAUGGCUCUAACUGUUCUUUCCUUGCUUUAUUAAUCUGGAAAUUUAUCUUUUGGAACCUGUAUUAUUAUGCUUUCUGUUUUUUCUUUCUCUGUUAAAAAUUCGGAAAUGGAAGUAUGCCUAACUUUUAACCAAGUAUCUCUCUUUUUUUUUGUUUUUGUUUUGUGUGUUAAAAAGAUAGAAACUACAAUGUGGUAUGGAACAUGUGUCGGGAAAUGGUAACAGUAUUGACCAAAUUAUGAAAGACAAUUUUUUGUUUACUAAUGUUUUGAGCAGAUAUCCUGUGUUCCCAUUGGAAGCAAGGGAGUACAUUCUUGCGUGUUUUAAUAUCCUUGCUAGAUACAUCCUUGUAUGAGUAACUCCAGCUCACUUAUGCCUAGAGUAGAAAUCGAGCAAAAUUAUAUUUCUUUUUUCGAGGCUUCAGUCAAUAUUCUUUCUGUUACAACCCAUCUUGACCUAUGUGUGGUUCUUGUGAACAGUUCAUCAGAGUUCUGCCAUCAUGUGAAAUCAUGUUUAUUUUCUUUUUUAUCCAAAGCACUAACUGGAUUUGGUAACAAAAACUAUCAUCUGUGGAUUAUGAGUUCAGGAAUGGAAGACUUGCAUGAAAUUUCGCAGGGUUGGAUACGAGGAGGAUGGUAAGUGUUUGGGACUUUAACCACAAGGUUGAGGAUUCGGUAGGAUUAAUGGAAACAAGGGCGAAAGAAGAGACAGAAAGAGAGAGAGAGACGUAACCUAUAGAAUAGUCCAAAUUAAUCAUUAUUAACCAUUUCAUUGUAGGAAAUCUGAAAUCAGUUAGAGUAAGAAAUUAGGAAUUAGGAAUUAGUUGCUAAGAAGAUGAUUGAUAUGUAUGGCAGUGAUGCUGCUAAAAAGCCGCGUCAGAUUGGCGUAAAACCAUUUUGCAAAGACUAAUCGAUGAGUAGUUUGGCG